AUGCAAACACCUAACUGUGAGUCUGGUCUCUUUUGGAGCUCAUAUGGUGGACACAUAUGGUGGUCGUGCCCCAUUAUCCAACGAUUCUGGGACAAAAUCACAAAAUUCAUUAAGAUCAUCACAGUGGUAUCUCUACCUUUCGAUCCCAAAACCCUUAUCUUUGGGCUCAUUAAGGGUCAGACGCACAAACCCACCAACACACUGGUACUCUACCUACUAACGGCAGCAAACCUACUGAUACCCCAGUUCUGGAAAAGGCAAACAGCUCCUUCUAUAAGAAAAUGGAUUCUCAAAGUGGAAUCUUUCAGGGUCCUUGAGGAACUAAAUUCCUUCAUUCUACAUAGAUAUACACUAUAUAGAGAUAUCUGGGAUCCGUGGUUGAAAUUCCUUCAAACCCAAACCAGUGAGAACUCCCCAGCUGGCUAUGACUGCAAGAUAAGAGAAACAGACUUCCCAAUUCUUGCAGGGAACACCACCGAUUCUCAACUACCCUAUAUCCCACGCCUCCCCUCCACCCCCCAGGCUGACAGCUUACGUUACCAUGCCUGUAGCACAAUAAGCACUGGAGACAAUCGACCGCAUACUGAACCCAAGGUUGCAUUGUGCAACGGACAUAGUAGGGUAUCACCACCAUCCUGCUAG